AUGUCAGAGAGACUUUUUUGCUAUUUUCGAUUACUUCAAGAAGAUGGAAUAAUAACUUAUUUAUUUAAAAGCGGGUCUUAGAAAAUCAUGAGAAGUGCUUUAUUAUCUGGAGUACAUUUUUCAGUUAAAGAUACAUUAAAGAGCUUGCUGUUAUCAAAUACUGAAAUAUAAAACAACACAAAAAAGCUAUUUUAUGGUACCCUAAUUAAUGGUGGAAUUUCAGGAAUAGUAGGAAUGCUGACUGUGUAUCUUCUUGAUUUCAAAAUGAUAAUGUAGAUGAAUAAUGCUGGACCACAGUCUAAUAGAAAUUCAACACGCUAAAAUUAAAUUAAAUAAGUAUUUAUUGGAUUGGGCUUGUCCAUACCAGGAGUUUUUGUUUAUAGAGCUCUUUAUUUUGGGUAAAUUUCAUUAUGA